AUAUCCUACAGGGGAGCCACGCUCCAACAACUAUAAAAUUCAGUGCAUUCACUUGUUGGCUUCAGGACAACAUUGGAGUCGCUCUUCAGAUACAAUGGCUGCUGGUCUUGUUGUCUUCUUCUGCCUCAUCUCCUCAGUCUUAUUGACAGGUGUCACAUCUCUAAAAUGCCAGACCUGUUUGGCCACUAGAGGAGAAUGCAGAAAUGAGGACAUGGCCUUGACGGAGUGUGAACCAGACCAAACCCAUUGCCUUUCCUUCACUUUCGUUGUUACUUUGACCAGGCCUUCACUCAGUUACACCGCUAAGUCUUGUGCCAGGCCUGAAGAAUGUAAUGAUGGCCUUCACAGUAUCACCUCCGCACAGGGAAAAUAUUCCCAAAUGCACUUUUUCUGUUGCCAGACAGACGGUUGCAAUGCCCUGCCUCUUCUGAUGCCACUCCGUGACGAACUCAGACCCAAUGGGUUGGUAUGCUCUGGAUCGUACACAAGACACGGCGAUUCCCUCCAGUCAACUCAGCCAAUUCUCUGUCUCGGCCGGGAGACGCAUUGCGUCAGCAUGAAUUUUACCAUGAAUACGUUUGGAGCUAUGCAAGAGGGGGGUUUGCUCAAAGGAUGCGCAACCCCAAAUGUAUGUUCCUUUCCUGACGGAGACAUGCGACUGGCCAAUGGCCUUGUAACAUUCAACACCAUGAAGGAGUGUAACACUAUGCCACUAUCACUUGAAAACGCUUUUCUUCCCGUGUAGUCAGAUGAUAGCCUUCUUCCUUUGUCUUUCAGGAGGCAUAAAAGUGAGAAGGAGGUUGGAGCUUCGGUAGUUAGAGUAACCGCAAUUUGGGGCUAAGCAUUCGUGAGAGCUCGGUUGUGAUUUAAAAUAUGGAGGAGCAGAUCUGAGAGAGUUGAAAUGCUGUGUUUGGGGCUACUAGCAGCUGAGGGGAAUGGGGUUUUUCUCUAAACAUUCCAUUUUCACUAAAUCAUAAUGAAAAUAAAUUGUGGUGUUGAAAGCAUUUGCGUCUGUGUGUUUUCUUAAGGAGCAUUUGAACAUUCAGGAGAAGAUAGCUUUGAUGAACUGGUCAUUC